AGGUCACAGGUACUGUCCAAUUCGCCUUUGGCUAAGCCACACCCUAGAAUGUAGAUUGACCAAUCACAGCGUAGCCAAGAACGAGCUCCCAAAGAGGUCCGACACUUUUUCACAACGUACGCUCCAUUGACUUUAACGCAGGCGUCUUAUAUAUUCGGUCUCGGCAGGUAGUUUUAUCAAAAAUAUGGUUAAACGUUGUUUAAAUAAUAAAUAAAUAAAUAAUUGUUUAAAUGUUUGUAACACAGAUAGGCGUUUCCCAGAAAGGUUGGAGGGGCGUGUCUGUUUUUUCCCCUUCCCAAAACCCAAAGUCAAAUCCUGACAAGUGUCGUCUUUGGAUUAAACUGUGUGGACGUCCUCACAGUCAGCUGAACCCCUCGAAGAUCAACAAGCACACGUUUGUGUGCUCUAAGCAUUUUGUUAAUGGAGAAUCAAGUCCCGAAACCCCAAAUCCAGUUCCUGCUAUUUCUGGUGGAGGAAGUGCAGUCAAAGGUCGAAGACUGCCAACUAAAAGAGGCAUCUACACAGUAUCAGGCUCAUCAGUGCAGGACACCACAUCAGAAGAGCUGUCCAUGGUCAUUGAAACAGAAAACCAGAUUCACACAGCAGACCAGAUUCACACAGAGGAUGCACACCAGGAUCGCAAUGAGGACCAAAAAGAAAAAUCAAUUAAAGAGGCAACUUGCCGAUAAAGAAAAAGAAAAUGCCUUGCUGAGGGUAGAGAUUCAAACUUAUGAAGCAUCUCACCCACACCAUACCCACUCAAGCUCAUUACCAACUCACACCAGAGACUAUAUCUAACUGCAAUGUGCCUGAGUACUUUAAAGUACAGCACAGGUUUUAGUUAUGAUGAGUUCAACAAUCUGUGUGCAUUUUUCAGGAUACCCAGUACUGCAACGGAUACACAAACACUUAGCCCUGCGACAUACCAG